AUGACCGCGCUCACGAACCAUCCCGUGCCCCCGUACCUAGCCCGCGUGCAGUGCUGGGCCCUCAGCGCCGACUUCACAACCUACCCGACCGUCGGGCGCGCACUGGCGCUCGGCGCCGUCGACAACGCCACGUACGUGGUCCUCCCGCCGCGCGGCGCCGAGGGGUGGCAUCGGCCGCCGCACCCCAUGUUUUUCGUCCUGCUGAGCGGGGUGGCGCAGGUUUAUGUUCCCAACGCCAGUGGUGGUGAUGUUGGAGGCGAAGGCGCUUCUUAUUCUUCAUCGGGCGACAAUGGUUGUGACUCCGAUGGCGACGAUGGCUACGACUACGGACGUGGCUUACAACAGCAGCAGCAGCAGCACCAAGAACGACGACAACCACCCCCGGACGACGAAGGCUGGACAACCCUGGCCAUCACGCCCGGCUCGCCGCACCAGAUCUUGAUCGCCGCGGACACGGACGCGCGCGCGAAGGGCCAUUUAACAUUCUACCCGGGCGACGGCGAGACGGUGGCGCUGCAGAUCCCGUUCCGGGACGGGGCGGUGCCGGCGCACAUGGUUGUGCAUGAGGGGCCUUGUCGGGGGGAUGGGUGA